AUGGCAGAUACGGCAAAUAUUCUAUCUCAAAGUCAUUCUGUUAUGUACCCAGCUUAUAGUAAUGACGAAUCUCAAAAGGUACAAAAAGAAAUUUCCCUUGGGACACUACAUGAACUUCUUUUGCAAAUAAAUUCUAGACUUGCAGUCAUUGAGAGCAAUAACACAACACUUGACAAAAGGCUGUGUGAGAUCGAAAAUAAAAUGACACAUUUCCAGUCAAUAACCGACUCCAUAUCUACACUAAAUGAUAGGGUAAACAAAUUUGAGAGUGAGGUCAAGAAUGUGAAACAGACCGUGUCGUCCAUUGAAGCAAGUGCUCAGUCUAUGAGUGAUAUGUUUGAGAAUGUUAAAUCACAUGCAGAUCAAGACCUGAAAGCUAUUCGAAUUGAUACAGCCAAUUUAGACAAGAAAUUAUCUGAUGAUAUUACAGAGUUAACCAACGGUCAGCGUGAAUUACAUAAAUCAGUGAUCGAUCUGAAAAGCAGGGCAAUGAGGGAUAAUUUAGUAUUCACCGGCAUACCUGAAUACAGAGAUGAAAACUGUGAAGAAGUUCUGCAAUAUUUCCUGAAAACCAAGCUAAAAAUCUAUGAUGAAAUUCCCUUAGAGAGAGUGCAUCGUUUAGGAAAACCUGAUGAGUACAGAACCAAGCCAAGGAACAUUGUGGCAAAGUUUAGUUUUUAUAAAGAUCGUGAAUUUGUUCGCAAACGUGCCCCACUCAAACUUAAGGGAUCUAACAUUUGGGUGAAUGAGCAAUUUCCACCGGAGGUAGAGGAGAAACAGCGCAAGUUGUAUCCAGUUAUGCGCAAGGCGAUGAAAAAUAAUAAACGUGUGAAACUUGUUGUGGACAAAUUGUACAUUGAUGGUGAGAUGUAUGAACCAAGUGAUACAGAGGAACACGUCGACUCCCUAAACUUCCCAACUCAAAGGAUGUCCCAGAGUUCCAGGAACACACCGUGGACGUCCGGAGCGCGCCGCGAGCCUGCCAAUAAUGACAAUCCUACACCACCCCCACGAGGAAACAAACGCUUUAGGAAAUCUUCGACACCGACGAAAUAG